AUGGCAGGAAGGAAUGAUGUUGCAAUUGCUGCUUCUUUGGAAGCUAUGGCUCAUGCUAUGGCGAAUCAGCUGAAUGCUGAUAAAAAUGCUGGAUCUCGUAGUUUGGCGACUUUCCAGAGGGAGAAUCUGCCUACCUUUAAGGGCAUGUAUGAUCCUGAUAGCGCGUUGACUUGGUUGAAGGAGAUUGAGAGAAUCUUCUGUGUGAUGGAUUGCACUCAAACGCAGAAGGUUCGAUAUGGAACUCAUAUGCUAGCAGUCGAGGCUGAUGACUUGUGGCUAGAGACUCGUCAGAGAUUAGAGACUGCUGGUGAAGAGAUCACUUGGGCCGUGUUUCGUUGGGAGUUCAUGAGGAAGCAUUAUCCUGAAGAUGUUCGGGGAAAGAAGGAAAUCGAAUUCCUUGAGCUGAAGCAGGAGAAUAAGUUGAUUACUGAGUAUGCUGCGAAGUUUGUUGAGCUGGCCAAGUUCUAUCCACAUUAUAGCGAGGCGACUGCUGAAUUUUCAAAGUGCAUCAAGUUUGAGAAUGUGUUACGCUCUGAGAUCAAGAAAGCAGUUGGAUACCAGAAGAUCUGUGUGUUUGAUGAUUUGGUUGAUAGUUGUCGGAUUUAUGAGGAAGAUAAUAAUGCUCAUUAUAAGAUUGUCAAUGAGAGGCGGGGUAAGAACCAACAUAAUCAUGGCAAGCCUUAUGAUGCUCCAGCUAGGAAAGGAAAGCAUAAAGUUGCACAGGGUCAGAGAACUAGUGGGGAAGAUGCUCCUGCUAGUGUCGUCUAUUUCAAGUGUGGGAAACUUGGUCACAAGAGUAAUGUGUGUAAUGCUGAAGUGAAAAGGUGUUUCCGUUGUGGCAAAAGUAGGCAUACAACUCCUGAUUGUAAGUAUAAGGAAGUUAUAUGUUUCAAUUGUGGCGAAGAAGGGCAUAUUAACAAUCAGUUUCAUAAACCAAAGAAGGAACAAGGCAGUGGAAAGGUGUUCGCCUUGGUUGGGACUUAG